AUGUUUAACUACGCUGAGGCACCAGUGACACCAAAACCACAUCACAAUGACCAAUGGUUGAAAAUACCACGACCAACAACAGACUUGUAUCAACAAACACUUCUCCACACAAACUAUUCGCAACCACAGAAACAAAAACAACAGCAACAACAACUGCAACCACAACUACAGCGACGACGACAACAACGAACAACACGCGAUAAACAAUUCAAAAUGGUAGCGGAUGACAAUGUUCAGCAGCAACGUUUUAACACUCAACUGAACAACGCCAAUAAUGUGGGAACAACAACAACAACAUCGAAUGCCCCAUUCCCAUCGUCAUAUACCAUUACACCGGUCAUUUCACAAAUUCUUGCAACCCCAAUGAAAACAUCAGCAACAGCUGCCAGUAAUGCCAUUACUUCAACACGUUCCCCCUACAUGUUGUUAACAACGUCAGCAGUAACAGCUGUAACCUCAACAUUGGUCAAUAGCAGCAGGGUGGGCAGUGGUGCAGCCAUGAUUGCAUCAGCAGCAGCAUCUCUACCACCGACGACUCCAGCUUCUUCUUCCUACCCGCUAAACAUCAGCUAUGCAAUGACCUCGUCCAGUGCAUCGUCAUCAUCAUCAUCAACACCCACAACGAUGUUACCCUCAACAGGAUCUGUGUUCUUUGAAGGUGAUCUCCUGCCCACGGUAUUUGUCAGUGGCAAUGGCAAUGGAAACAGCAGGAAUAACACAACCAGCGUAACGGGUAUGAUGGAGGACGAUGAUAAUUUGAAUUCGUUCUAUUUUUAUGAG